CCUCUUCUAAUGUGAUUAGUGUGUUUUUGUCCUCUAGGUAUGGUAUGAAUUGCCUCAUUCAGUUUGAAGAUUUUGCCAAUAUGAAUGCAUUUCGUCUCCUCAGCAAGUAUCGAAACCAGUAUUGCACAUUCAAUGAUGAUAUUCAAGGAACAGCAUCCGUUGCAGUUGCAGGUCUUCUUGCAGCUCUUCGAAUAACCAAGAACAAACUGUCUGAUCAAACAAUACUAUUCCAAGGAGCUGGAGAGGCUGCCUUAGGGAUUGCACACCUGAUUGUUAUGGCCAUGGAAAAAGAAGGUUUACCAAAGGAGAAAGCCAUGAAAAAGAUAUGGUUGGUUGACUCAAAAGGAUUAAUAGUUAAGGGACGUGCUUCCUUAACACAAGAGAAGGAGAAGUUUGCCCAUGAACAUGAAGAAAUGAAGAACCUAGAAGCCAUUGUUCAAGAAAUAAAACCAACUGCCCUCAUAGGAGUUGCUGCAAUUGGUGGUGCGUUCUCAGAACAAAUUCUCCAAGAUAUGGCUGCUUUCAAUGAACGGCCUAUUAUUUUUGCUUUGAGUAAUCCAACUAGCAAAGCAGAAUGUUCUGCAGAGCAGUGCUAUAAAAUAACUAAGGGGCGUGCAAUUUUUGCCAGUGGCAGUCCUUUUGAUCCCGUCACUCUUCCAAAUGGACGGACCCUAUAUCCUGGUCAAGGCAACAAUGCCUAUGUGUUCCCUGGAGUUGCUCUUGGUGUUGUGGCAUGUGGAUUGAGGCACAUCACAGAUCACAUCUUUCUCACUACUGCUGAGGUUAUAGCUCAGCAAGUGUCAGAUGAACACUUAGAAGAGGGCCGGCUUUAUCCUCCUUUGAAUACCAUUAGAGAUGUUUCUCUGAAAAUUGCAGAAAAGAUUGUUAAAGAUGCAUACCAAGAAAAGACAGCCACAGUUUAUCCUGAACCACAAAACAAAGAAGCAUUUGUUUGCUCUCAGAUGUAUAGCUCUGACUAUGACCAGAUUCUACCUGAUUGUUAUUCUUGGCCUAAAGAGGUGCAGAGAAUACAGUCCAAAGUUGACCAGUAGCGUAAUAGCUGACAUUGCUAACUCCAUUAAUGAGAUCUUCGAAGUCUUUCAUAAUUUUUAAAUGUUGGAAUCCUUUAUAAUGAUUCAUAGUAUGCUUAGAUUAAGAUAAUUUUACUUUAACAAUCUAAAAAUUUAUGGAAGAAUAUUAAUACAAAUUAGGAUAAACAUCAUAGUAGACAAUUUUGUUUUAUUUGCUUUCUGGUUAUUUAUAGUUUCUACUUAAUUAUUCUGCCCAAGUUCUCUUUAAAAGCUAUUGUACUUACCACUGAGAAACUCAUUGUUUUUAUAUAGGAAACUAAUAGAAAAAACAAAAUUUGUAAGAAGUUGAUAUGAUCAACACUAAAAUCCAUAAUUUUGUUGAUCAUUUUGUUAAAAUCCACUUUUUAAAUAAAGACAGAAGAAGCGAAUUUAGGCAUUGAUGAACUUUUGUUAAAACAGAAAUACCCCUUAGUUGCCUUCAGAAAAAUAACUUAUCAGGUAUUUUUAUUCCAGUCCUAAAUAUAUUUGUUCUUUUUGUGCAACUGAAUUCUAACAUUUCUGAGAAAGAUCACCGCUGUUUACAAUGCCUUAUGCAGCCUUAGAUUUCAGUAUUCUUUUGUUAUUGUUAUAUCUUACAGGGUAAAGCUCUUAUCACUUGGUCCUCAUUAGAAAUCCCUUCUUAAAGCACCUUAAUUUCCCAUUGACCAAAUAAAUGCCCUAUCCUUCAGCUCCUUACUGUUGUUUGUGAACUUUGGCCCCUGUCCAGAGUUUGGUACCUUCAGUUCAGUGUGGCCUGAGCAGUGAGAAGGGCUGAAAGGAGAGUAAAGAUCCUUUAGAAAGGAUCUGACCUCUUAAGACAAAUAUCUCAAAAGUCAGGAACAAAACUGUGGUUCCCAGACAAGCUGGGUCCCUACUUGAGUGACCUUCUUUAAUGUCUCUUUGAUUAGCUCAGAUAACUGGGAGCUCACAGUGUAUAAUAUAACCUCACUUUCCUCUGAGUUUGGAGAAAGUUUUAUAACCACAUCCCCAAUGCCAGAAAUUAUCUUUACAUCAGAUAUUUAAAUAUUUUAAUUACUAAGGCCAUUCUAUGAGAAAGAGUAGUUACAUCCCCAGAUUGUAUUGAUUUAUUUUAGAAAUUAAUGAUUGAACUAGUGGAAACAAUUUAAAAAUCUUAAGCUCAGGUGCUUUACAUUUGCUAUUUAUUUGUAGAAUUAUCUGUAGAAUUUUCUGUUUUUGAAGUAAUGCUUUAAAAGUAUAAGAGUUUAAGAAAAACUAUACUAUAAAAUGAUUUUAUUGAAGUUGAAGGUUACACACAUUGUUUUAGGUGUGAGUAGAAGGGUUUGGGUAUUUCUCAAGGUAGCAUUUAGUUAAGAGUUUCCUCAAUAUAGUUAUUUGGAAAAGAUUCAGAAUACCUCGCUAUUUCUUGUCUGUUUCCAUGUUGUCUGAUGGCUCUAACCAAAUGUAUUUACCUAUGCAAAAGAUUUAUUAAAGCAUAGAAAAAGUGAGUGAAUAAAAUUAUAAAAUAAU